CAGGGAUCACGGCAGCAGGUGUCUGCAGCGGUAGAGGAGUCUGUUGUACUGGAUGUCAAAGUGAAAGAUGAGGAAGAUCCUGCUUUUGCAGAGAGACCUGACCACUGCUCUGAGAGCGAAGGGAGUCCCUCUACAUCAGGACUACCUGAACAACACCAGGGGAAUCACACAGCUAAGAAGAUUCAUUGCUGUUCAGUGUGUGGAAAAAACUGUCACAAGUUAUCAAAACUACAAACACAUAUGAGAACUCACACAGGAGAAAAACCGUACUCCUGCUCUGUCUGUGGGAAGCAAUUCAGUGAGAAUGGAAACCUGAAAAAACACCAGACGUUGCACACAGGAGAGAAGCUGUACAGUUGCUCCGUGUGCGGGGAAAGUUUCUCUUCAUCGUCAAAUCUUACCAAACACCAGAGAACACACACAGGAGAGAGUCCAGUGUCUGUAGCUGUAGAAGAGUGUGGUUUUACAUCAGCACUGGUUAUCAAAGUGAAAGAGGAGGAAAAGGAUCCUGCUUUUGCAGAGAGACAUGACCACUGCACUGACAGUGAAGGGAGUCCCUCUACAUCAGAACUACCUGAACAACACCAGGGGAAUCACACAGCUAAGAAAAUUCACUGCUGUUCAGUGUGCGGACAAGACUGCAAAAAGUUAUCAAAACUGCUAAUACAUAUGAGAAUACACACAGGAGAAAAGCCAUACCCUUGCUCUGUGUGUGGAAAGCAGUUCCGUGUAAAAAGACAUCUCCAAGACCACCAGACAGUGCACACUGGAGAGAAACCUUACGUCUGCUCCAAAUGUGACAAGAGGUUUGGUUUCGCCUCAGCCUUGAAAAGGCACCAGUGGUUACACAUAGAAGAGAAACCUUACUCCUGCUCUGUGUGUGGGAAGGGUUUUAGCUUACAAUCACGCAUGAAGGAACACUUCCUGAUGCACUCAGGAGAAAAACCCCACUCCUGCUCUGUCUGUGGAAAGAGUUUCAGCCGUCCAGAUCAGUUAAAGGACCACUCUCUGCAACAUGCAGGGAAACCCCACCACUGUUCUGUGUGUGAGCUAAGCUUUGCCUUGUCUAAACAACUCCUGAAGCAUGAGAAGACUCACACAGGAAAGAGACCUUAUAGUUGCUCUGUGUGUGGGAAGAGUUUCAGCGAGAAGGCGUAUCUUGAAGACCACCGGUCAGUGCACACUGGGGAGAAACGACAUCCUUGCCCUGAUUGUGACAAGAAGUUUGGAUGUGCUUCAUCCCUGCGUAAACACGGACUGUUACACAUAGAAGGGAAAUCCCACUCCUGUUCUGUGUGUGGGAAGAGUUUUUCUGAAGCACGUUACUUGAAGGAGCAUUUCCGGACACACACUGGAGAGAAACCUUUCUCCUGCUCUGUCUGCAAAAAGAGUUUUGCAAGAUCAGCAAGCCUUAAAGUCCACCACAGAUAUCAUACAGGAGAGAAACCUUACAGCUGUACUAAAUGCGGCCAGAGCUUCAUUAGUUCUCAAAAACUUCAGAGACAUCAGAAAACUCAUGCUGGUUUACCACCUGUUGAGUUUCAAAACCCUGUUCCAAUUGAAGGAGAGAGGGAGGGAGAAGAAGAGGAAGUUGGUGGUCUGAUUAAUUCAGAUGGAGAAGCGGUUGGUUGGGAUCUUCAUCGUCUCGACGGGAUUUCGGAGGGGAGAGCCUCUACAUCAGGAGAACCUAAAGAAACCUAGGGGAAUCUCAAAGCUCAGAGAUACAGUUGCUCUGUGUGUGGGAAAGACUGGCAACGGUUAUUUGAUCUGAAAAGACACAUGACAAUGCACACUGGAGAGAAACCGCACAGCUGUUUUGUUUGUGGGAAGAGUUUUAGACGAGCAGACCUCAUGAAGCUACACUUUUGGACACACAAAGGAGACGCAUGGGGAGAAACCUUACCCCUGUUCUGUCUGUGGGAAGGGUUUGACAAGAUCAUCAGACCUUAACAUAUACAGUAGAGAGAACUUACAGCCUUGUCGAAUGUGGCCAGAGAUUUACCACUUCUCAGAGUCUUGGGAGACACAAGAAGAGACGCCACAUCUCACUUCCUGAGGACCAGGCUGGCGGGGUCAAGACUGAAGACUCCAAUAGUAUCAUAGAUGAAGAGGAGGAGGCAUCCUCUUAUGUCAACGGUAGCACGGUGGAAGGGGGGAAACAAGAACUAACCCUAAACAUCUUGAAGUAAAAUAUAUACAGUGCCUUCGGAAAGGAUUCAGACCCCUUGACUUU